GUUGUGAGAGUGGGGGGAAAGUGUGGGGUCGGUGGGCGUCUCCUUUAUAUACCCGCAGCAGCAGAAGCCACAUCGGGGUGUGUGUGGGGUUGGGUUGAAAGCGCCUUCCGCAACACGCGCAGCAUCCCCCAUUUGUCAUCCUCGCGUCGUCCCUUCCACUAAUUGCGGUCCAACACGUUGCAAACAACCUCGGACUUCCCAACGCCAGACUUCCACAUCCCAUCUCGUUUGUUUCCGAGCGGGAACCUGUGAGGCUGUGUUCUUGGUAAACCGCACUCAUCGCGAGAAUGCCUGGAUAGUGGUCGCGUUGCCAAUGGAUGCCACACAGCCUACUCUCUGGCCUGUGAGACCGUGAAGCCGUGAACUUGAGUUGAGACCGAUAGAUCCAGACAGCUUGUCCAAGGAGCAGUCCAAGGUGCAAGCGAAGGAGGGAUGUGGGAGGGAUCGUCCUUCCCAGCCGUACUUAGUAUCCUCCACCCCGCAGUCAUGUAUGCUGAGGCCGCAGAAGCUCCUCCUGUCGAGGUGAUCUCCCGGCAAGAAUCAGCAUCACCGCCAGACGUAACCCUCCCCAGUUCAACAACCACCACCCUCACCAACACCCAGCAGCAGCCCCGUAUCCUCAAACCCAACCCCACCUCCCACAAACAGAAACUCACCACCUACGCCGCACCUCCUCAAAAUGUCCAUCUCCCCAACCUCCCCCACCAAACCCCCCAACAAAUCGCAGCAAGCAUCCAGUCCACCCUCCACGGCCUCCGCACAACCGCCACCCUCCUCACCCACUCCGCCCGCGAUGUCGCCUCCUCAUCUCUCACCGCACUCCAAUCCCACAUGGACACCUACCCGGCCCUCCAAACUUUCGUCCUAACAACCGCGGUACUCUCAACGGUGCCCAUUACGGUGUUUGCGAUUUAUGUGGCCAUGACAACGCUGGGGAGUAUUGCGACGGCGGUGGUGGGUGUGUUUCUGAUGCAGAGUGGGUUGACGUUGAUUGGAUUGGGGGUGUUGUUGCCCGUGGAGUUGGGGAUUGUAGGGAUUGGGUUGGCGGCGGCGGCGGCGAGGUAUACGGGCGUUUGGGGGUUGCAGGCCGCUCAGGAUGUCGCUUUGAGAACAACAACAAUAGUCCGCGAAGCCAACGCGCGCGCCGCCGAAACAUCCCUCACGUCCGCAAUUCGCCGGCCCCAACAUGCACAACAACAACAACAACAACAACAACAACAACAACAAGAGUAUCAGAAACUCGAAUUCGAUCAGCCGAUCGCACCUGUGCCAAAAUACGCGGAGAAUGUGAAUGGGACCCCGGUAUCGGUCGUGCUUACUUAUGAUGAUGUGGAUGAUUAGUGGGUGGGAUGGGUGUGAGAGGAGUUGGGAAG